GCGCCCCCGCCGCGACCAUGGCCUCCCCUCAGGUGGCGCGGCCCCAGCACUUUCAGUCUCACGUGGCCAUGAAAACGCCUGCCCAAGGAGCUGAGGAUGAGCAGAGAAAAAGAGACAAUGUGCGUUCCUUGACUAUGUCUGGCCAUGUUGGCUUUGAGAGUUUGCCUGAUCAGCUGGUCAACAGAUCCAUUCAUCAAGGCUUCUGUUUUAAUAUUCUGUGUGUGGGGGAGACUGGAAUCGGAAAGUCCACGCUCAUCGACACGCUGUUCAAUACUAAUUUUGAAGACUGCGAAUCCUCACAUUUUUACCCACAUGUUAAACUUAAGGCUCAGACAUAUGAACUCCAGGAAAGUAAUGUUCGAUUGAAAUUGACCAUUGUGAAUACAGUCGGAUUUGGUGACCAAAUAAAUAAAGAAGAAAGCUACCAACCAAUAGUUGACUACAUCGAUGCACAGUUUGAAGCCUAUCUCCAGGAAGAGUUGAAAAUUAAGCGUUCUCUCUUCAACUACCACGACUCACGCAUCCACGUAUGCCUCUAUUUCAUCUCUCCCACGGGGCACUCACUCAAGACACUUGACCUCUUAACCAUGAAGAACCUAGACAGCAAGGUGAACAUUAUACCAGUGAUUGCCAAAGCAGAUGCAAUUUCUAAGACAGAAUUACAGAAGUUUAAGAUCAAGCUCAUGAGUGAAUUGGUCAGCAAUGGCGUCCAGAUCUACCAGUUUCCAACAGAUGAUGAUACCAUUGCCAAAGUCAAUGCUGCAAUGAAUGGACAUUUGCCUUUUGCUGUUGUAGGAAGUAUGGAUGAAGUCAAAGUUGGCAAUAAGAUGGUCAAAGCUCGUCAGUACCCCUGGGGCAUUGUGCAAGUGGAAAAUGAGAACCACUGUGACUUCGUAAAGCUGCGAGAAAUGCUCAUUUGUACAAACAUGGAGGACCUGCGGGAGCAGACACACACCCGGCACUAUGAGCUGUACAGGCGCUGCAAGCUGGAGGAGCUGGGCUUUACCGACGUGGGCCCUGAGAACCAGCCCAUCAGUCUACAGGAGACCUAUGAAGCCAAGAGACAUGAAUUGCAUGAUGAGCGACAGAGGAAGGAGGAAGAGAUGAAGCAGAUGUUUGUGCAGCGCGUGAAGGAGAAAGAGGCCAUUCUGAAGGAAGCCGAGAAGGAGCUGCAGGCCAAAUUUGAGCAGCUUAAAAGAGUUCACCAAGAAGAGAGAAUGAAGCUUGAAGAGAAGAGAAGAUCUUUGGAAGAAGAAAUAAUUGCUUUCUCUAAAAGGAAAGCCGCCUCCGAGAUCUACCAAAACCAGUGCUUUAUGGCAUCGGGUAGCAACUUGAAGAAAGACAGAGACCGAAAGAAGGAACCAGUCUAUCGAUUCGAACUCCUGUGCUUUGAUGUCAGAGCUUGUGAAACCAAUGGUGGACGUAAAGAUGCAGAGGAAGCUCCAGUUAUAUGUGAUACGGAGACGGCAGAGCACAGAAGAGCGUCACAAGCCUAGGUCAUUAAAGAGUUGUGAGCACGCUUGGGUUUUCUCGCAGUGUUUGUUUGCUUUGUCACUCUGUUACUGGUAAAUAGCCUCAGUUAACCAACAUUUAUGAAAAGAUGCUUUCAAGUAUGAAUUAGGUCAAUGCCUUAGGUCAGCAGGUAAGCCGCAGUGGGUGGCACUAACAUACUCACCUUUGUCAGGAAUGUCUCGUUGUGUUUCGUAAUGAACCUAGAUCUCUUUUUCUCUUGCCAAGUUAUUAUCAGCUUGCAGUGCGCUGCACUGAAGAGGAGCAUCGAUGCUGUUAAAAAGACAGGACCAGUUAAUAUUUGGAUAUCUAAUUGGAUUAUAUGCCAAGACUAACUGUAUUCUGUAUGUACUAUGUGCAAAGAAAAUUGAAAAUAUGUUUUGAAAUGCGUUAUAUAGUUAAAAUUCUAAUCAGAAUAGUUUUAUAGGACUCUCUGAAUUUUUGAUACAGUUACGCGGUUGUUAAUGUCCUACUAACGUUUUGUCCCUGCUGAGCACGGAUGCUUUGGGAGGCCUGGUGCUCAGGGAACUGAUUCGAUGAGGUGAAGGCCUCAAGAUGCUGAUGAAGCGCCUUUGAACCUGUCAGGGUGGCACUCCCCACGCUGUGUUAGCAGGUUCUGCAGAACUGUUUCCCAAGGGAAAAAGAAUCUUUAAUUGUUUUAUUAAAAAUAUUUUUGAAGAAAAUGGAUAUGAACAUCUGAAUAUUAAAGAGAAAAAAUUUGAGAUAUCAUAUUUCAAGCAUAUUUGCAUCUAUUACCUUAGUAGGUUUUUCAGAACAUGUUAACACUUUCUAUUUUCUUAACAGUUGUAUACAAAUAUAAAUCUUCAUUUUUGUAUUUGAACAUUCUGAAUCUGACAUUUACUCAACAAAUAAAAUGUCCACAUAUUUGCUAAAA